GGUUGGGAUGUGUCACCUAAGUUGGUGGAGAAAAGUGUGUGCAAACAAUUAUAAAGUGUAGGAAAUGGAUGGAUUACUAAUGAUGAAAACUCUCACAAAAUUGUGGAACAAGAUAUAUCAAUUCCUUCAUUCCUUUCCCCAAAAUUCAUAACCAUAAGACCAAGUUCUUCUUUGAGAAGAAAACUGCGUAAAUGCCUCACUAUUAGACUCUCUAUAUAGCCAAGAUUCGAUAUUUUUGUCUCCCUGUUUUUGCUUACUUCUUUCCACCUUAUUCCUCAUUUUUAUGCAAACAGUUGGUCAGAGACUCAGAUCAGAUUUUAUGACCACUUCCCCUUUCUAUUUUCUUCAAAGAAACACCCUUCAAUUUGUUUAUAAAUAGCAUUAUUUUUACAUCAACUAUUUCAUUAACUCUAUUAAUACAUUUGCACACUGUUCCAUUCCUUAAAUCAUCAUAUACAAAACCUCUUCAUACAUUCCCAAAAAAAUGGCUUCUUCAUCAAUGCUAAUCCUUCUUGCAUCACUAACCAUAGUGUUGUUUGUUUCGCCAACGGUCGGAACAUCAAGAAAUUCAGCAGGAUUACUCGGGAAAAAAGAUGCACAAACAGCAGGAUUCCGAGUCACGUUAAAACACGUUGAUGCUGAAGCUGUCGCGUCCAGCAAUUUCACGAAAUUCGAGCUCUUAAAACGUGCGAUGAAUCGAGGAAAGAAAAGGGUGGCCAGGCUGAACCAAAUGGUUUUAGCCGCCACCGAUACAUCAGGCAGUCCUGAUGGUGAUCUCAAGUCUCCGAUUCACGCUGGAAACGGCGAGUUCCUGAUGGAAAUAGGCAUCGGAACCCCGACGACGACUUAUUCCGCUAUAUUGGACACCGGGAGCGACUUAAUCUGGACGCAAUGCAAGCCGUGUACUCAGUGUUUCGACCAAACUACUCCCAUAUUUGAUCCCAAGAAAUCGUCGACUUAUUCGUCGAUCUCGUGCUCCAGCGACUUAUGUAGAGCGCUUCCAAUGUCUUCCUGUGGGAGCGACGGAUGUGAAUAUCUCUACAGUUAUGGAGAUUAUUCCUCCACACAGGGAAUCAUGGGCAAAGAAACGUUCUCAUUCGGUGAUGUUUCCGUCCCGAAUAUCGGAUUCGGCUGCGGGGAAGACAACCAAGGUAGCGGUUUUAGCCAAGGCGCGGGGCUAGUUGGAUUAGGCCGUGGUCCUUUAUCACUUGUUUCUCAGCUUGAUGAGCCCAAAUUCUCUUACUGUUUGACCUCCAUCGACGAUACCAAGACCAGCACUCUUCUUAUGGGUUCAUUGGCUGGUUUGAACAAAACCGGAAACUCCGCGGUUCAAACGACGCCUUUAGUUGUGAAUCCAUCGCAGCCGUCGUUUUAUUACCUUUCACUCCAAGGAAUUACGGUUGGUGACACUAAAUUACCCAUCAAGAAAUCAGCCUUUGCACUCAAAAGCGACGGAAGUGGAGGUAUGAUUAUUGAUUCCGGGACGACGAUUACGUAUUUGGAAGAAAGCGCGUUUGAUGAGGUGAAGAAAGCGUUUACGUCGGAAAUGAAUCUUCCGGUGGAUAAUUCCGGCACGGCGGGGCUGGACUUAUGCUUUAAGUUGCCGUCGGGAGCUACGAAUAUCGACGUCCCGAAAUUGAUCUUCCAUUUUGAUGGCGCUGACGUGGAUUUACCGGCGGAGAAUUACAUCAUUGCGGAUUCGGGUGUGGGUUUGGCUUGCUUGGCGAUGGGGAGUUCAAGUGGGAUGUCCAUAUUUGGAAAUGUUCAACAGCAGAAUUACCUUCUGCUUCAUGAUCUGAAGAAGGAGACUUUGUCAUUCCUUCCAACUCAAUGCAACCAGUUGUAAUUAGUUUAAUUUUGAUUUGUUUAUCUCCAAUUUGCAAUUAUGAUCAAUUUGUAUCCAUUAAUUGUUUGUGUGGCCGAAAGUGAUUUUCUUACUUUGGCACUCCUAAUCAUUUAUAAGCUCAAUGAUAUUACAAUAAAUUGGGUUUGUACCACACACAUAAGUAAGUGGAAGAAGCAAUUUCGAUUGAGGUCAUCUCUCCACUCAUGUAUUUGGAGUAUUGGAUUAAUUUUUGGCCGAACUUUCGUUAAAAUUACUAGAAAUGAUUGACAAAAGUUUGAAAG